AUGGUGUGCGUUGUUCUCAACAACAAGGGGGUGCGAGUUUGCACCGUUUGCAAAUCGCCAUACAAGGCUAGCGUGCGACUGCCGGGAGGUGAAAGCAUCUCGUUGUUCCAGAGUCCCCUCCCGCCUCCGUACAUCUGUUUCAUGGUGGUUACACGUCAUCAGAACAACGAGGAGCUGUUCAGCACAAAAUACCAGUUGAGCUUCAACAGCGUCAUGAACCGGGGAGGCACUGCAAGCACCAAAGAGCUGGUCGUCGGCCGAUCCAGGCAAUGCGAUAUGGUUCUCGACUACAGGCAAGAUUAUGACCUUAGCGAGCACCACUGUCGUCCCCUUUCUUCUCUCUAUACCAGGACCGUAUCGACUCGUCAUGCGAACGUCAGAUUCCAGGGUGGGAGGUUCUACUUUUCGGAUCUGAUGAGCAGCAACGGCAGCUACCUGUACCUGCGCGAACCCCUGCAACUGCCUUACGGCGAGACUGUGUUCCUCAAGUGGGGAUCCAACGUCGUGUCGUUGAAGGCAAAGCGGUCGUCUAUCCGCCACCGCUUGAGCAGCCUUGUCGGGCGGCGAGCUACGGUGACCAAUAAAAAGGACAAUCCGGAGCAAGAGUUCACGAUGCUUGAAAGCUUGUGCGAGCUUGGGAACUCUCCCUCAACCGAUGGUGCGGCAGAUGGGGGUGUACAAGCUGCGGUGGCCCGAGAUGGGGGGGGUCCUUUGUAGGCGGCGAGGGCAACAGAUCACGCUGUCUCGCACACGCUUGGCUGUAUAGUGUUUUGGACCCCCUUUUCUUUUGCGACUGGGUGACGCGUUCUUGAUCCAUACGUAGAGAACUGGCGGUCGGUUCUUGGUUGUAUCCAUGUUGACCAUGACGUGCGAUUUAGAGGCCCCGAGGUCUGUAGUCACCAGG